AAAUGGUUGUGCAAAGUAUGCAAUCAUAAGCAGUCCAUCAAACAGUUCUUCGGCAGCGGUUCCGCCAAAGACUGUCGACUCGUUGUCCAAACGCUGAAUCAGAGGGAACGCACUCAAGAGGCGGACCAGCGGCUGGUGAUCGGCGCCCACGCGGCGAGCGAUGACACUGACAACAACCCGCACAUGGAUUACCAGAUUUUGGACUAUUUGUACGCCACGGAUGACAGCGGAUCCAACGAUUGCAUCGAUGAUGACGUGUCGAUCGCUAAGAAGCAGAAGCUGUCGGCCGCGGAGCCCAACACUCGUUUAGAUUCGGCGCCCGUUUUCUGGAGUAAUUCAAACCAAUUGUUGAGUUGUCGAGGAAUCAGGAAAUGGGGACAAUCGGUGGUCAAGUGAUGGCCACUUCCAGACAAUACAUCGCUCCCUCUUUUGUAUAUCGCUUUCUUUCUCUCUCUCUUUGUC